UCAUUUUCACGAGUAUUUUCUAAAUCUCCUUUGAUAAAAUUUUCUCUUUUAAAAUUUUCUUUUAAACUUUUUUUUGUUUUCGUCCAAUUUUUGAUUUUUUUUAAAUUUAUUAUAUACAAUUUUAAAAUUUUUCAAAGUAAUUUUUGGAUUCAUAUUACUUUUUUCUUGACAACAAAAAAUUUUAAAAAAUAAAAACAACUUUAAUUUCACCAAAAAUGGAAAAAAUAAAUAAUUCCUCCAAUUCUUUAAUUCCCCCCAACAACAACAAUACCCUCCUCAUUCCAACAAAUUCCACCUCACAAUUUGUUUUAAAUGAAGAUCAGUUAGACCAAUUAUCUAACCAAUUAAAGUUGUUAAGUAUUAAUGAUGUGGAUAUCAACAAAGUUUUGAAAAAAUUAAAAACCCUCAAAAAGGAGGUGGGGAGAACUUUUUUUGAAAAUUUAUUUGGUUAUAUGUAG